AUGCCCACGAGCAUCAGCGAGAUCCUGAAGGAGAAGUCGAUCCUGAAGCCGUCCCGCCGCAGCCUGCCCUGCCUGGCCCCGAGCCAGACCCACCCCCUGGACAUCCAGACCCACCCCCUGGACCUCCAGGGCCACGCCCAGCAGCACCACCACACUCACCCCCAGAGCCUCGACCACUUCCUCUGCCUGCCCCUGCCCCUCAGCACAGACGCGCACACACACACGCAGAGCGUCAGCAGCUCCUGCACUCAAAUCACGCCGACGACAGCACAGACGGCCGACAGCACAGAAGAGGAAGCACCAAAAGACCAGUAUGCGGAGGUGUCGGAGGCGGGGGCGUUUGAGUCCAGGAUCGAGGAGUCCCUGCUCAUCCAGAAGAAGCCGGUGUUCAGACCCAAGCUGGAGUGCCGCACGGAAUCCAUCAAGUCUAACACUCGUCUCCUCCCCUCGGGGCUGAUGUUCCGAGAUGGGAAGAAGCGCAUCGACUACAUCCUGGUGUACAAGAAGUCCAGCCCGCAGGUGGAGAAGCGCUGCACCUUCGAGAGGAACCUGCGCGCUGAAGGACUCAUGCUGGAGAAGGAGCCCUCGCUGACCAACAGUGACAUCAUGUUCGUGAAGAUCAACGCCCCAUGGGACACACUGUGCAAAUAUGCAGAACAGAUGAACAUACGAAUGCCUUUCAGGAAAAAAUGCUACUUCUCGGACUGGAAGAAAAAGGCGAUGGGCAGUCACAUACACCUGCGGUGUCGGCAGAUAAAGAGCUGGUUGCCUAGGAACCCCAUGAAGCUGGAUAAACAGGCCCUGCCCGAUCUGGAGGAGACCGACUGCUAUACCGCCCCCUUCAGCCGCGCACGCAUGCACCACUUCACCAUAAACAACCGAGAGACGUUCUUCUCCAACUCGACCCGCAGCAGAAUAGUUCACCACGUCCUCCAGCGCACCAAGUAUGAGGACGGCAAGUCCAAGAUGGGCAUCAACCGCUUGCUAACCAACAACACCUAUGAAGCAGCCUUCCCCCCACACGAGGGUGGCUACAAGAGCAGGCACCCCAUAAAGACGCACGGUGCCCAGAACCACAGACACCUGCUGUACGAGAGAUGGGCACGCUGGGGCAUGUGGUACAAGUACCAACCUCUGGACCUCAUCAGGCGCUACUUUGGGGAGAAGAUCGGCCUGUAUUUCGCCUGGCUGGGCUGGUACACAGGCAUGCUGAUCCCCGCCGCACUGGUCGGCCUCUUCGUCUUCCUCUACGGCCUCUUCACUAUGGACUCCAGCCAAGUCAGCAAGGAGAUCUGUGAAGCCAACACCACCAUCAUGUGCCCCAUGUGUGAAGGAAACUGCAGCUCCUGGAAGCUGAGUGACAGCUGUGUGUACGCCAAGGUGACUCAUCUUUUUGACAAUGGAGGAACUGUUUUCUUCGCUAUCUUUAUGGCAAUAUGGGCCACUGUGUUCCUGGAGUUUUGGAAAAGGAGAAGAGCAGAGCUGACGUACGACUGGGACCUGAUCGACUGGGAGGAGGAAGAGGAGGAGCUGAGACCUCAGUUUGAGGCAAAGUACUCUCGUAUGGAGAGAGUCAACCCCAUCUCUGGCAAACCAGAGCCUUUCCAACCCUUCACAGACAAACUCAGCAGACUCAUGGUGUCCGUGUCUGGAAUAUUCUUCAUGAUCGCUCUGGUGCUGACGGCUGUGUUUGCAGUGGUAGUGUUUCGUCUCAUCGCCAUGGAGAAGUUUGUGUCGUUCCAGUGGGAGUUUGUCAAGAAGAAUUGGCAGUUCGCCACCUCGGGCACCGGCGUCUUCAUCAACUUCAUGAUUAUCAUGUCCCUCAACGUGGUGUAUGAAAAGGUGGCAUAUUUACUCACAAAUUUGGAGCACCCGAGGACAGAGUCGGAGUGGGAGAACAGCUUCGCCCUCAAGAUGUUCCUCUUCCAGUUCGUCAACCUCAACAGCUCUACCUUCUACAUCGCAUUCUUCCUCGGCAGGUUCGCCGGGCGGCCGGGGAAAUACAAUAAACUCUUCAAUCGCUGGAGACUUGAGGAGUGCCACCCCAGCGGCUGCCUGAUCGACCUGUGUCUCCAAAUGGGCGUCAUCAUGGUCUUCAAGCAGAUCUGGAACAACUUCAUGGAGCUGGGAUACCCACUGCUGCACAACUGGUGGUCUCGCCGUAAGAUGCGCAAGCGAGCGGAGACCGUGAUGGGCAAGAAACACCUGCCACAGUGGGACAAGGACUGGAAUCUGCAGCCCAUGAACGCCCACGGCCUGGUGGAUGAAUACUUGGAGAUGGUUCUGCAGUUUGGUUUCACCACCAUCUUCGUGGCCGCGUUCCCGCUGGCUCCGCUGCUGGCGCUGCUCAACAACAUCAUCGAGAUCCGCCUGGACGCCUACAAGUUCGUCACCCAGUGGAGGAGACCCAUGCCAGCACGGGCCACUGACAUUGGCAUCUGGCACGGCAUCCUGGAGGGCAUCGGGGUGCUGGCGGUCAUCACCAACGCCUUCGUGAUCGCCAUCACCUCCGACUACAUCCCGCGCUUCGUCUACUCCUUCAAGUACGGGCCCUGCGUGGACAAGGGGUACCACCACCACAAUCGGUGUCUGGAGGGAUACGUCAACAGCAGCCUGUCUGUCUUUGAUAUGGGACCGCCCAAGAAUAACAGCCUGAUAACCUCUAGAUUCUGCAGGUACCGGGAUUACCGCGCGCCCCCCUGGAGUUCGGAGCCCUACGAGUUCACGCUGCAGUUCUGGCACGUCCUGGCCGCACGCCUGGCCUUCAUCAUCGUCUUUGAGCACCUGGUGUUUGGCAUCAAGUCCUUCAUCGCGUACCUGAUUCCCGACAUGCCUAAGGACCUGUGCGACCGCAUGCGUCGGGAGAAGUACCUGAUGCAGGAGAUGAUGUAUGAGGCGGAGCUGGAGCACCUGCAGAAGGAGCGCAAGAAGAACGGACGCAGGUGUCACCACGAGUGGCCUUAGUUGCACACACACACA